AUGGCUGCGGGCCCCGGCAGCGGGGGGGCGGCGGCGGCGGGAGGGCCGGGCUGGCGGUUGCCGGGGCGGGUGCUGGAGCUGGUGUUCUCGUACCUGGAGCUGCGGGAGCUGCGGAGCUGCGCGCUGGUGUGUAAGCUGUGGCACCACGUCCUGCACGGCGACGAGAACAGCGAGGUGUGGCGCAGCCUGGCCGCCCGCUGCCUGGCGGAGGAGGCCCUGCGCACAGACAUCCUCUGCAACGUGCCCACAUACAAGGGCAAGGUCCGUGCCUUCCACCACGCCUUCAGCACCAACGACUGCUCGCGGAACGUCUACAUCAAGAAGAACGGCUUCACGCUGCACCGCAACCCCAUCGCCCAGAGCACGGAUGGGGCCCGGACCAAGAUCGGGUUCAGCGAGGGCCGCCACGCCUGGGAGGUGUGGUGGGAGGGCCCGCUGGGCACCGUGGCUGUCAUCGGCAUCGCCACGAAGCGAGCAGCCAUGCAGUGCCAGGGCUACGUGGCCCUGCUGGGGAGUGACGACCAGAGUUGGGGCUGGAACCUGGUGGACAAUAACUUGCUGCAUAACGGGGAGGUGAACGGCAGUUUCCCGCAGUGUAAUAAUGCACCCAAAUACCAGAUAGGCGAAAGGAUUCGAGUUAUCCUGGACAUGGAAGACAAAACGUUAGCGUUUGAGCGGGGCUAUGAGUUCUUGGGAGUUGCCUUCAGAGGACUGCCAAAAGUUUGCCUGUACCCGGCAGUGUCUGCUGUGUACGGCAACACAGAAGUGACUUUGGUCUACCUGGGGAAACCUCUGGAUGGAUGACGUGGAUUGUUUCCUUGGGACAUCGAGAUGGGGAUGAUCGGGAGGAGAAAUCUGCAUGUUGGGUAGAGGGAAAAACGCGGACUCGAGGAAAAACAACAAAAUGUGGGUGCGUCUACAAGAACCAUCAAGGGAAUCGCGUGGAGUUUGGGAGCGGAGGACCAGCCGUACUUCAGGAAUCGCGUUACGUUUCCUCUUCCUACCAGGCCAGGAAAAUCCUCAGGGUCGCCGUUGGUUGAGUGGGAAGCCGACGCGUGCACGUGGCACCAGAUGUCAUCGCUGACCUCAAAUAUUUAAGAAAGGAUUUGAUACAAGACUGCUUGAGGAAAAUUAACCUGCGAUUUGUAAGUGGCGUAUUUUGUGAAAGACUCCCGUUUUAAAACUGCUUGUUCCUUCCCUUCCCUUCCCUUCUUCGGGCCUGCGUGAGUGCUGGAGGAGAGCGAGUCCGGUUGGGUUUUAUUAUAAUAAUUAUCUUUUUAACAUCCCGAGAAGCAUGGUCUGUCUGGACUGCCCUUCUCUAGUCUAACGAUAUGAAACGCGUGCAGCUAUUUUUCAGUAUAUUUCAAGGAUUGUAUAUAUAGAACACGUUGAGCAGAACACUUAAGAGAAAGGGUUUGCUUUAUUCUAACUGGGUCAUAAUUUCUUAAAGGGAAAAAACCCCACUACACGGCAUCCGACAAUAUACCUCGGAGAGGUAUAUGAUGUUCCUAUAAGUGUAAUUCUGUUGUGUUGUAAAGCAUUUUGGGAGGCUCUUGUGGAGUACGGUGCUACAUUGGGUCCUUUUCUGUGAAAGUUUCCAUGGCUUUAGCAACAGUUUUGUUCUCUGCAGCAAAAUGUUUUCCCUUUUGCCACAGUUUGCUGACCCCUUUAGGAAAGGAAGGCACAGCACAGCGAGCUUGUCUUCCUUUUGUCAUAAAAAAUACCAAGUCUUAAAAGCAUUCUUACGCUUUCUAAUCACUGUUGCGAACUGUUUCAUAAUAACGAGGAAGGAGCAUUCAGUUUCUUAAUCAGGACCUCGAUUUUGGCUUAAAUGGCUUUGUAUGGCUUUAAGACUUGGCUGAACCUUUCUGUAAUUAAACAAAAUCCCCCAGUACCCAAGUAUUCACCUGCACCUGUUCAGUCAGGGCGAGUAAAACUCUCCUCAACCCUUUGACGGGGAUUCUGGGGUUUUUAACUUGCACCGAUGUUCUAUAAACCCCGUACAAACCCCUCCGGGGCAGCUGUGAGGAUGAGGAGGAAUUUUUUGGUGAAACCGCUUUCAUCAGAGGUUGGAAAGUCUGUAGGGAAAGUCUGUUCCUUUUAUUAAUAACAGCGCAUUAAACUCUGCAAGCCCUGUGGCUCUUUCUUGCUGGUUGGUGUUUCCCAGAGCUGUUCCGGCUGUUUCAGGGUUGCGUUUUCUUUCUCCCUGUCUGAAGAGCAAUGUUUAUACAACCUCUUUUUUGCUUUAUUUGCGCUAGAGAAUGUGAAUCGCUUAAUAUCGGGCACUGAGCAGGGAAGAGAGGAAUUCCUCCUCGGCUCUCGCUCCUUUCUCCUCCCUUUACUCAAGGGGGCUCCCGGUCUUAGUACCUCUUAGAUAACCACGUUCUGCGCCGGAAUGGAACACGUACGUCAUUACUGUUUAAAAGGAUUUUGAAGUAUUUAUUUGUUCUGCGUGUUGUUGAUCACAAUAUUGAGGUGCGUUCCUCUCGGCUGCUGUAUAGGAACAAAACGUGGUGAGAAAUGAAGAUGUUUCAAGUGGUGCUGAGAACAACCGAAUAAAUGAAGUGGGGUGGGCAUACAAGUACCUUGUGGGAAAAAUCUGUUAGAAGCUUUGAUUGUACUGGGCUGUAAAGUAUGUAUCUGCAUAGCAGAACCCUGGGGUGUGAAGUGGGGAAAAAAUGAAACAAAACCCUGUCCAAUUUCAGAAAAUUGUCCCCGAGAUGAAUGUAUCCUCAGCGCAGUCCUGAAAGACCCGACCUCUGCGCUUGUUCGUGAGUCCAAUUAGAUGCGAGUAAACCCUGAGAACUUCUGAGGAGUUUUAUUCACAGAUUAAAGUUGAUUUCCAUCCUUCAGACUGCAUCUUACCCUAUAAAUAACAUCCCUCAAAAAUGAGAAAUGCUGGAAGUUGAACAUUCCUUAAGGGUGGGUUUGGGGGGGACUCACUUCUGUAAGAUUGUAACUUAUUCCUGGAGACCAAUGCUGGCUGUACAAAGUAUUAAAAUAAACUCUGCUGUAAUUCAG